AAUUUCCCGGCUCGCUCCCCCUCCUCCCUCUCGGCGCGCCAGCUGAUCCCACCCCUCGCUCCUCUGUGCGCAAGCGUGGCCGAGGCAGGGGCGGACCGUCCUCCCAGCCCUCCUCGCCCCGUCCUCCCGCUCGCAGCCCCCCUCCCGCCAGCCCGGGCUAACUUCAGACAGUGUCACCCACUAUUUUGCAACCAUCCCUUUCCCUUUGCUGCAAACGGCAGCCUAGGCAAGGUGCGUUUUCCUGCCUGCUCGGCGAAGAAAACACAAUCGGGAGGGAGGCACCCAGCCGCCUCCUGGGCACCUCUGCCACUUUCCCCAGCGCCAGGACCAGCGGCGGCGUCUCCUUCCCGGAGAGUUGCCUCUCGUCCGCCAGCUCAGCUCGGAGGAUGCAAAGCCAGCCAGCCGCCUUUCCUCGGCUCCAGAAGCGGCCGUGAACGUGUGGGCGGGUCCAGCGGACACCCCGAUGGCAGGCUGAGGCAAUAGCUCUCUGGGCGGUGAACACAAGUAUUGUGCGAGGACGGCUGGGACAAAGAGGCAAAGAAUUGCCGAUGCCUUGUUUUUGAAAAUAUAAAAUCCAGCAGCUAGCGGCGUCCAUCUCCAGCCUUAAGGACAACAGUGGUAAGCUGUGGUAACGCAGCUGAAGCUCUGCUCACGGCCGGAGUUCGAUUCCAAUGGAAGGAGGAAGUCGAAUCUCUGAUGGGGAACUCGAGGCACAGAGAGGCUAAUAAUGUUGCUCAUAGCUUCCACUAAACCUGUUGGAAGAAGAAAACAGGAGUCCUACAGUUGCUCAGCACCACAACAUUGCAUAGCUUGCAAGGAGUGUGUCGUCCUCCUCCUGAGCUUCAGCUUCUGCAUAUGGCCCAUUUCUCCCAUGGGAAUAGAAACCUACCAUUUUGCCGUACAAUGUUCUUUGCUCACCCAGCUGAGUUCAGCUCAGGUUGCUUUAUUCCUCUCCAUAUGUCUACUUUCACAAGAGGUAACUGACAGCAGUCGCGAUGAGAGCAAAAGCCAUAAGACGAUUCUUCACCUGCUGAUAAAAAUGAUCAACAAAUCUCGAUGGAAGAUACUUGGAGUAUUGGCUGUAUUUUUGGUGAUGGUGUGGUAUACAAUAUCCCGGGAAGAAAGGUACUUACAGCUUUUUCAUUUCCGUAUACAAAUUGACAGGAUGACUUGUCCUCUGGGAGAGUUGGAAAGGAAAGUCCCACAGCUCAUAGCAAAUUACACACGGGAUCAUCCGCUAUUUUUACAGCUAAAAGAUUACUUCUGGGUAAAGACCCCCUCAACCUAUGAGUUGCCAUAUGGUACUAAAGGAAGCGAGGAAAUUCUCAUGCGAGUGCUAGCGAUCACAAGUUACUCUCUGCCUGAACGUUUACAAAGCUUGAAGUGCCGGAGAUGUGCAGUAGUCGGGAAUGGACACAGGCUCAGAAACAGCUCUAUGGGCAAAGCUCUUAACGACUAUGAUGUUGUGAUCAGAUUGAACAAUGCACCAGUUCACGGUUACGAGCACGACGUGGGCUCCAAGACCACUAUGCGGCUCUUCUACCCAGAGUCGGCACAUUUCAACCCUCAAAGAGAAAACAAUCCAGACACAUUGCUGGUGCUGGUGCCGUUCAAACCCAUGGAUUUCCAGUGGAUGGAGACGAUACUUCAUGACAAGAAGAGGAUUCGGAAGGGCUUCUGGAAGCAGCCUCCCUUAAUCUGGGAUGCGAAUCCUGAGCAGGUGCGAAUCCUGAACCCAUAUUUUAUGGAAAUAACUGCUGCUAAAUUGCUUAAGCUUCCAAUGAAGCACCUGCGGAAGUUAAAACAGAAACCAACCACGGGAUUAGUGGCCAUCACCUUAGCAUUGCACUUCUGUGACAUGGUCCACAUUGCGGGCUUUGGAUACCCUGACUCUGCCAACAAGAAGCAGUCCAUCCACUACUAUGAGCAAGUCACAAUGAAGUCAAUGGCUGCUUCAGAACACAAUAUCUCACACGAGGCAUUGGCAAUAAAAAAGAUGCUUGAACUGGGACUUGUCAGAAACCUCACUUACUUCUGAUGGAAUAUUGACUGCAGUUUUGGGGGUUUUUUUCCCGACCUGGCUGCUGGGCCGGUGCAGCCUCCCAUUCCUAGCUGUUCCUUCCCCCCAACAUUGACUGGUGUGGAGAUGCUGCAACUUCACUCGAGGCGCUGGGGUGGAAGUGUGUGGCUCUUAGACGUAUUGACAGCUAGGGAUGGAGAUGGUCUUGAGAAGUGGUUGGUAGCCAGUAGCAGUUGGAAGCAGGAGGGCCUGGGUGGAUGCUGCCGUGGACAGAAUCUUCUUUGCUUGGACCGUUGCAGGAGUCGAGACUUUUAGAAAUGGACGUCCUGAAAUCGUCACUCAUGGCAGAGAUGCACCCUUUUGAGGGCCAAAGCCAGAGCUGUCUGUGGGCUUCAGAGGCAACACAACAGACAUUCCCGUGGUGGUCAUACAGUUGCCCCUGUGGCAUCCUGCUACCUUAAUCACUUUUGCCUUCCGACUCCGAGAAGUGCAGUGGCGGCUGUUUACUCUGCUGCUUCAAGUUAUGACCCGACAGAGUAGGAGGCAAUUGAAUGAAGGAUUAUUAGCUGCCUGGCAUUUUUAUUGUUUCUGUUCAAAUGAGACAAAGUGUACUGGUUCAAGUCCUGCGUGCAGUAAAAGUGUUUGGGAUACCCAGGAGAAAGCGGUUAGGGAUGGUGAGAGCUUAUGAUCUCUCUCUCUCUCUCUCUCUCUCUCUCUCUCUCUCUCUCUCUCUCUCUCUCUCUCUCUCUCUCUCUCUCUCUCUCUCUUCCUCCCCCUCCCCCUCUCCCCCCCCUCUCUCAGAGCCUGUGGCAUAAGGGGAGGAUACCUUACAGUAUUUGAUAGUGGUUUUUAUACUAAAAACAGGUGCUGAACUGAAUAUUUGAGGUUUCUGGGCACUUGGUUGAAAGUAAAUCCUUCUGUGAAGGGUGUGUGUUUGCGUGUGAGCGAAUGUGUGUGUGAGUGUGUCAAUCCGUCCAGUAUCCCAAGUCUGUAAGCUGUAGGCUUUUUCUCCCUCUAUUUAGGAGUUACUUCUCAGCAUCAAUAAGACCAGUACGAGAGAACUGGCCUAGCCAAAGCUGAACUUUCAAGGAAGGAGGGAAGAAUAGAGUUGGGGAAGGAGAUUGGGAAUUGUGUGUCUGUUUUGUAGAGGGCAGGAACAAACUGUAUAUCAUUCCUUGCUAACAAAACCCAAAUUCUGCAUCGCACCUUGCACUGUUUUUUUCCUGUAUUAGGAUGAGGAGUGUUUUUUGUCAUUCAGGGCCUGAAAGUGGGGCAAAUUUUGAAGUAAGCUGCCUGUUGGGGAAUUGGAGAGGGAGCAGAAUAGUCCAGACAUUUCAGAAAUGGCCCCAAGGCCAGAUGUGGUAUGGUGUGAGGCAAAAGAUCAGUGCUGGGAAGAAACUCUCUUCCAAAUACUGUUUGGGGGUAGUUGUGCAGGAAUGAGUACUUUCCCACCCCAAGCCCCACUUCUUUUCCCCCUCUAUUUUGAGAUCAAAGUGCAUCCCUUAAGUUAUGUUUGUUUGUUGCUGGUUAAAGGCUCCGAAGUGACUGCUGCUUGGUCUAGAACUUUGUGUUUCAUCCACAAGGCGGAAAAAGCGAACUGAAGAAGGUGUCAGUCUAAUUUCCCCAUCUGCCGCCGCCACGCCCCAUGUGCACAGCCAGUGUGCCUUAGCUGUGAUUGCAAGUGCCCAACUUUCAAGGGCCUGCUAAGAAUGUAACCUUCUUAUGCUUAGGUCAGCGUUUCCCAACUAGUGGGCCACCAGAUGUUGUUGGACCACAAUUCCCAUCUUUCCUGACCAUUGGCAAUGCUGGCUGAGGUUGAUGAGAGUUGUGGUCCAACAACAUCUGGAGGCACACUGGUUGGGAAAGGCUGGCUUAGGUCAUCACAUCCCUAGCCAAGAUCAAGUUGCACAUGUUAUGUCCCUUUGAGAAUGCACAGGGAGCUUCAACUUGGGAACUGGUUUGUUGCAGAAAUCCAGGCUGCUCCUAAGAAGUCAGUGGAGGGGGUGGGGAAGAGAGAGUUCUUAAAUGUUGUGAUUCCAAUGAGGUUUGAAUCCCGCAGAGAAUGUUGGAAGUAUCUUUCCUGGUUAAGUGAUUACUGCAGUUCAGUGUUAAGUAAUUUAAUAAAUUUAAUUUAAAACUAUCCUCAGUGUAUCUUUUGCAGAAUAAGGUCAAUGUUUAUUACUGACGAAGUUUGCCUUUUGGCUUAGGUCAGUUGGGGUAAUUUUGUUCAGUGUGGCGGUGAUUUGGGACCAUCUCUUGGAAAGGGGAGAGGAUAUUUCAUCUACAGCCGGUUCCUAGCCCUAUAAAGGGACUCAGCCAUGUUGUAUUGUUCCAUGUCAGAUCCAUGGAGAAGCAAAAAGAAAAUAGUGGAAGAAGGCACGAGUCAUUGCAAAGCUGCAACAAUCAAUGCUGUUAAAAAAUUUUAAAUUGUAAGUCACCUUGAGGACCCUUUUGAGACCGAAAGACAACUCAUAAAUAA